AUGCCGCCCGCAAGAAGAAACACCGUGCAGAAGCGCCGUUCCUCCUCUUCUGCCCCGCCUCCUCUUGCGGUCUCUCCACCUUCGUGGCCUUUGUCUCUCUUCUCGUCGGCUCCGUUUCCUCUCUUCGACGUCUGCGUGGUUGGGGCCGGCCACGCCGGCUUGGAGGCCGCUCUCGCGUCCGCGCGCGUGGGAGCUUUGACUCUCCUCGUCACACAGAGUGUACGUACACUCGGGGAGUUGUCUUGCAACCCGUCGAUCGGCGGGAUCGGGAAGGGUACGCUGGUCAGCGAGGUGGACGCUUUUGGAGGCGGCAUCGGGCGGUGGGCUGACCAGGCGGCGAUUCACUGGCGCGUUUUGAACGCGAGUCGAGGCCCCGCGACGUGGGGCGUUCGCGCGCAAAUCGACCGGAAAAUCUACAAGCGCGUGGUCGGGAACGAAGUCCGAGAUCGCGUGGCUAGAGGCGAGUUUGCGCUCGUCGAGGGACGGGCGACGGCACUGCUAGUCGAGGACGAGAGACCGGGGACUGGCGCACGAGACGAGAGACAGGACGGAGGCGCGAUGAGGCAGAGCUGCUUCCGCUCUCCUGCAGGAUGGGCCGCAGAGGAAGCGUCGGCAGAAACAGACUGCUUUAGCCAGGCGGAGGGAGACGCCGAGGAAGAAGACCUCGACGGAGAGGAAGGACGACGGGAAAAGAGGAAGACUGUCUUUCUCGCGGAGACAAGAGCCGGCCGGGCGCCGAGGUGUGGAGGCGGAACAGGGCGAAAGCGGAGACGCGUCGUCGGCGUCCGUGUGAGAUGUGCGCGGAACCGAGACGGCAGAGACUCUGCACUGCCCCCAGACGCAGACGAAGAAGUCGAGAUCUUCGCACGGACACUUGUUAUCACCGCGGGGACAUUCUUAAACGGAAAAUGCUCCACAGGUCCCUCAUGUGCUGUAGAAGCUGGUCGUCUUUCUUCCUUCCCGUUUGCUUCGUCCUCUUCACUUCCUUCGGCCGCGUCGGAGAAAGUCUCGUCCGGCGCAAGACACGCGGUGGAGGCAGCGAAACCCGCCAGGAGGGGGAGCGCCUGCAGUCCCGCGAGGAGAGAGGAAAGCUCUCCCCAGGAGAAGUCGGCGUCUGAGCUGUCGGCGAGUCUCCGCAGUCUGGGCUUCGCUCUGGGGCGCUUCAAGACAGGGACGCCUGCGCGGCUGUAUAGACACUCCGUCGACUUUGGCUCUCUGCAGGAACAGCCUUCAGAUCGCUCGCCCUCGCCGUUUUCUUUCCUCAACUCGCCGUCGCGCCUGCUGAAGGUGCACCCAUCCACCGUUUCUUGCCAUCUCACUUACACCAAUCGCGAGACUCACGCGAUCGUCCGAAGCCACCUGGAUGAGCUGCCCGAGCACUCCGGCGGAGAAGGGAGAAGAGGCUUGGGGCCGAGAUACUGCCCCUCGAUUGCCACGAAGGUGCUGCGUUUCCCAGACCGUCCCCGGCACGCGGUCUGGCUCGAGCCGGAGGGUCGCGACAGCCCGCUGAUCUACCCGAACGGUUUGUCGGGUGCGUUUUCCCCCGCGACGCAGUUGGCGCUUCUGAGGUCGAUAAAGGGACUGGAAAACGUGGAGAUGUCGGCGCCCGCCUACGACGUGGAGUACGACUUUGUGUGGCCUUCGUCGCUCUCCAUUUCGCUCGAAACGAAGGCGGUUGCAGGUCUCUUCCUCGCUGGGCAAGUGAUCGGCACGACCGGCUACGAAGAAGCUGCCGCGAUGGGUCUGCUCGCAGGAUGGAAUGCUGCACUCCGCGCCCUCAGAGACAAGACGCGGUGCGCGAGCGCGAGCGCGAACUCAACGGACGCAAAACAUCGCGACGCAGGGACGCCGCACCAGGCCGCGAAAGAAGAGAAAGCAGCGAUGCAACGUGAGGCGGCCGAGGCCAGAUCCGCGAGCGAGGCGGGCGAGAAACAAAAAGAGAAGCCGGUUCACGGGGAUGACGGAAGGACGGCUGUCGGGGCUGAGAGGCGCGCCGCGGUGACGGUGUGUGAGACGCGAGAGGAAGGGAGUGAGAACGAACUGUUUUCUGUCACAGCCUCGUCUUUGCCGCCGGCGAUCUCUCUCAAUCGCGAGAAAUUCCUGAUUGGCGUGUGCGCCCACGACCUCACACAAACGGGAGUCGAAGAGCCCUACCGCAUGUUUGCAAGCAGAUCCGAGUGUCGCCUCUCGACGCGGCCCGACAACGCCGACUUCAGGUGUAUAGACACCGCACUGCGAGGCGGGAUCGUGCGGGAUGCGGAGCGGAUCGAGAGCACGCGCCGCCGGAGACAAAAGGCCGAGAGCCUCCUUCACUUUCUGAGACCACGCUUCGACGUUGUCUCCUGCAAGCGCUCGUUUCUCCUCUCUUCCACUGCGUACCCUGUCUCUUCUCUCGAUCGUUUGCGCUCUUCAGGUCUUAUCAUCUUCCCGCGUCUCAGUGGAGGGCGAGAGUGCGGAUGA